AUGGCUGCUCUCUACACGUUAGUCUCCUCCACACGCCUCUCUAUCUCCCUGCCAACUCAUCACUUACCAAAGCGCCGCCGUUUCUCUUUGACGUUAGCAACUCUUGCCUCAUCAUCUCCAGAGUCCUCUGCACCAUCUAACUCUAUCACCAACGGAGGAAACACGUUGUCAAAUUCUAAUGGAGCUCAUAACAAGGUUGUGGAUGAUUACAACACCCCCUUUGCUCGUUUCUUUCGUUCCACCGAGUCUAACGUUGAAAGGAUAAUAUUUGAUUUCCGGUUCCUUGCGCUCUUGGCAGUAGGAGGCUCUCUGGCUGGUUCGCUACUCUGUUUCCUCAAUGGGUGUGUCUACAUCAUUGAGGCAUACAAAGUUUACUGGACUAACUGUGUCAAAGGCAUCCACACCGGAAAAAUGGUUUUACGUCUAGUCGAAGCUAUAGAUGUUUAUCUAGCUGGGACAGUUAUGUUAAUAUUUAGUAUGGGUUUAUAUGGACUCUUCAUCAGCAACUCUCCUCCUGAUGUCCCUUCCGAAUCUGACCGUGCCCUUAAAAACUCUUCACUCUUUGGAAUGUUUGCCAUGAAGGAGAGACCAAAAUGGAUGAAGAUCAGCUCAUUAGAUGAGCUGAAAACCAAAGUUGGACAUGUUAUUGUAAUGAUUCUUCUAGUGAAGAUGUUCGAAAGAAGCAAGAUGGUUACCAUCGCCACUGGACUUGAUUUGUUGAGUUAUUCCGUUUGUAUCUUCUUGUCAUCUGCUUCUCUUUAUAUCCUCCAUAAUCUCCACAAGGGAGAGAAUUGA